UGCUUCAAAUCAAAAAAUCAAUUAUAAAACGCAGUGUUUCAGAAACCUGGUUUCUCUAUAAAUUAAUUCCCCAACCAAACAUUCCUCAUCUCCGCCUCCACCAUUUUCCCUUCUUCUUCUUCUUCUUCUUCUCUUCUCUGAUAACCCUAUCUUCCUUCCUUCCAUUCACCACCACCCAUUCCUUAUCUUCCUAGAUUCUCUCUCUGCGAUUUCAUUAUGGCUAUUCCCUAUCCCCAUUUCAUCUCCUCCGAGAAAGCAGCCAUGGAAGCAGGUCUUCUCGCACCAUCCUCCAUCAUUCUCACCCAAGACGAUUUGAAGAAAAUCGCCGCCUACAAAGCCGUCGAGUAUGUCGAAUCCGGCAUGGUCCUCGGCCUCGGCACCGGCUCCACCGCCAAACACGCCGUCGCCCGAAUCGGUGAGCUUCUCCGCCAGGGGAAGCUCACCGACAUCGUCGGAAUCCCCACCUCCACCAUGACUCACGACCAGGCUCUCUCCGUCGGAAUCCCCUUAUCCGAUCUCGACUCCCACCCCGUCGUUGAUCUCGCCAUUGACGGCGCCGACGAGGUUGAUCCUUAUCUCAACCUCGUCAAGGGGCGCGGUGGGUCGCUUCUCAGGGAGAAGAUGGUGGAGGCUGCAUGCAAGAAGUUUGUGGUCAUUGUGGAUGAGUCCAAGCUCGUGAACUAUAUAGGAGGAAGUGGGUUGGCUAUGCCUGUUGAGGUUAUUCAGUUUUGCUGGAAAUUCACUGCUUCAAAGCUUCAAUCCCUCUUUGAGGAAUCUGGGUGUGUUGCCAAGCUCAGAACUGUUGGUGAGAAGGAGGAACCCUUUGUCACUGACAAUGGGAACUAUAUUGUGGAUUUGUAUUUCAAGGAGAGUAUUGGUGAUUUGAAGGCUGCCAGUGAUUCAAUUCUGCAGAUUGCUGGUGUUGUUGAGCAUGGAAUGUUUCUGGAUAUGGCUACCACUGUUAUUAUUGCAGGUGAACUUGGGCUAACGGUGAAAAACAAAUAGCUGAAUUUAGAUGAAUAACGUAGGUGAGAUGAGAUGAAACUAGUUUAAUUUUGGUCAAGGUUCAAUGCUUUGACUUGGGCUUCUAACACACCAUGUGGUGUAAUAUUAUAGAUUUUUGUUCAACCAAUCGAUUGGAAGAGAUGGUUUUUGUUAUAAUUCUUAUUGGAUAGGAUUUGUUGGAGAAAUUAUCCCAAUUCUCAGAUAUUGUAUUCUUGUUUUUUUGACUUAGAAAUUUGAGACUUGUUGGAAAGAUGAAUAUUAAGCCCAUAUAAGAGCUCUUGUGUGGUACUGAAUUAGUUAUCCACACAAUUCCUUGCUGAA